AUGGCGCUGCCGGUGGUGGCAGCGAUAGUGAUGGGCACCAACGCUGCGGCACGUCCUGCGGCACGCCCUGCGGCACGCCCUGCGGCACGCCCUGCGGACCUCUAUGGUGUCCAGAACACCUAUAAGCAGGACGCAGCUCCCUACGACUUCGCGUACGGCGUGAGGGACGAGUACGCCGGCACGGACUUCGGCGCCUCUGAGCAGUCCGACGGCAACACCGUGAGGGGGUCGUACACCGUCGCUCUUCCCGACGGACGCAAGCAGACGGUGAACUACCAAGCCGACCACGAGAGAGGGUUCGUAGCGGACGUGCAGUACUACGGUGAGGCCCAGUACCCGCUGGACCACGGCCCGGCAGUCACCUUCAAGCCCAAGAACAUCUACUCAAAUUCAGCCCCGGUCUACCAGCCCAGCUACCUGUAGUCUCAAGCCUCACUACUGAUAGUCCUAGUUUGCUAAAUAGUAGCUUUAGUCUGGCUUUUGCUAGUCCUGAUCUGCUAUAACAUUCCCGGAGUACACUAACCAGGGUACACUGUAAUCAUUAGAACGUUAUGUAUAUGUGAUCAAAUAUUGUGGCCAUACAGUA